GUAUGGUCAAAACUGUGUUAACUAAGUGAGAGAACGCACUAAACUGUGAGCUAAGGACUGAGCUCAAACAUGAAUCUCUUGGGGUAUCUAAUCACGCUGGUUAAUCUUCAGAGCUUCGACAAAUCAGCUGGUCCCGUUAAAGAUCUGUCAAUAAAGGUGGCCGAGUUGCAAACUCUUACAAAUGAAUUGCGAAUGAUACCGGGAUUGGACCUCGAUGGGUUCAAAGCCACCGGCUAUUACCGGGUAGGGGACGUGGGGAAAUACCUGUCAAGAAACCUCCGGGACUACAUUUACUCUGGUGAAGGAAACCCGAAAGAUGAAGGAGUAGUUUUGACCCUGUUCUUUAAAGAUGGCCCGAUCAACCUAGAAGAUGAGAAUCUAACUUAUUUCCUCCAUAAGAAAAUUGGCAAUGAAGAAAGGGAGCAAGUGAGAGCCAUUCUGGACGGCUAAAACUACGGUUGGAAAGGUCUGCCCAUUCCGAACCGUAUAGUAAAACCGUCAUAAAACUUUUAGAUAAAAUUUAUCUGUCGUAGCUUCUAGUUUCGAACAACCACCGCGCCAACUUUUGCUGGUAAUUAAAUUCCACCCUAGUUUUAGAAUGCUUCAAAUAAAUUGUUUUAUAAAA